CGCGCGCGGCGGGUGGAACGAUCGCGUCCGCCGCUUCCCCCCGCGCGCAACAAUGUUACGGCGGCCCCGCCCGCGCGCCUUCCCGCCUUCCGCCGGCCACGCCCCCCGCGCCGCCGCAUUGGCCGGGACCGCCGUGACGUGCCGUGCGGCGCGGGAGAUUCCUUAAAGCGACAGAAGCGAGCGGCGGAGACCCGCGGGGGGCGGGACCGGGGUCCCCCCCCAGAGCUGGCGGGGCGGGAGCGCCCGGGCCGGGUCCCCCGGGGGAGGGGGGGGGUCCGGGGCCACCGGGCGGGACCGGAGCCGCAGCCGCCGGGACCGGGCACCGGAGGAGCCGCCGCGGGCUCAGAAUCAGCCCCACGGCCGGGCCCGGAGGCGGCAUCGCCGUGGGAGGGGGACGGGACUCGCACCCACGGGCGCCGUCCUGAACACGCGGUCCCACGGGCACGGUCCUGCACAAGCAGACCCGCGCACACGGACCCGCACACGGACCCGCACAAGGCCACGGGUGGGACCCCGCCGGGUGGCGCUGGGAGCGGUUGGGUGCUGGAGAUGCCCCGCCCAGCAGGAAAGGAUCGGGGUCCCCCUGGUGUGUGGGAUGGGGGUCCCUGUGUAUGCCCAGGUUUGGGGUCCCCGCCUGUGUACGUGCAGAAUCGGGGGGUCCGCGUGUCUGCAGGAUCGGGGUCCCCCUGUGUGUGCAGGAUGGGGGUCCCCGCCUGUGUGAGUGACGGGGUCCCCCUGCCUGCACCCCAUCCUGCACGAGUGGGUGGCCUGGGCUUGGGGGGUGGGGGGUCCCCAUCCAGUCUCCCAGCCAUACUGAGAACCAAGUCCGUGUCCCUGGGGCCACCAGGACAGCGCAGAGAGCGGGGGGCAGCACACCCCUACACCCCUAUUCCCCUCCCCGAGCUGGGGGGGUCUCUGCAUCCCCCAGGAAGGACCCCACAACACCCCACCCACCCAGGGCAGAGCCGAAGCGUGUGACUGGGGCUGACAGGGCGCUGCACACACGUGCACACACGUGUUCCCCACGCAACUCAACCGGGGGGGGCCGGUUCCCCCCCUUUUGGGGUGGGACUAUGCAAACAAGAGCCGCUUCAUAUCCCCCAUCCCCGUCCCCUUCGCCUCUCUGCCCCAGCGGUGCCCGAGCGCGUGGGGAGACGAGGACGGUGGGACCAUGUGGGUGCAUGGGGUGAUCGCGGUGUUGGGGACCCUCCUGGUCUUGGCCUCGGCUCAGAGUCGAGCCGGUGGCCGGAGCCGUGGCCGGAGCCAGCCCUGGAGCGGGCGGCCGGCGCCGUUCCGGAGCUGGGACGCGCGGCUGUACCGGCCGUGGCAGGAGGGCACGCAGCAGCAGCAGGACUGCUGGCGAGGCGGCGACAUCACCUUUGACAUCAGCAAUGAUGCUCCCACCAUGGCGGGUGCCGAGGCCACCUUCUCCAUCGCCCUCCGCUUCCCCAGCACCCAGGCGGUGCUGCCCGACGGCCGCAUCGUCUGGAGCCAGAACUGCACCGUCAAUGGCACCCGCGUCACCCAGGGCGAGCCCGUCUUCCCGGAGCAGCCGGUCCAGGGCGCGGAUGGCGUCUUCCCCGACGGGCAGCCGUUUCCCCCCAGCACCAGCGGCAAGCGUGGAAAAUUCGUCUACGUCUGGUGGACGUGGGGGCGCUACUGGCAGGUGGUGGACGGCGCUGCGUCCCAGCUGACGGUGGGCACGGCGGGGGUGCCACUGGGCUCCUACACCAUGGAGGUGGUCGUCUACCACUACCGCGGCCGCCAGAGGUUCAUCCCCAUCGGCCGCACCAGCACCCAGUUCAGCAUCACGGACCAGGUGCCCUUCGCCGUGGACAUGAUGCAGGUGCAGGGCACGGCGGAGGAAAACGGGCACUUCGUGCGUAACCGCGCCGUCGCCUUCACCGUGCGGCUGCACGACCCCAGCCACUACCUGCGCGACGCCGACAUCUCCUACUCCUGGGACUUCGGGGACCAGAGCGGGACCCUCAUCUCCCGCAGCACCACCGUCACCCACACCUACCUGGAGACAGGGUCCUUCACUGCCCAACUGGUGCUGCAGGCCGCCAUCCCCCUCAGCCCCUGCGGCACCGCCGCGACCCCCGUUGCGGACCCCACCACCGGGUCGCCUCCGUCGGAGGGACCCACGGCCACGCAGCCCGCUGACACCACACCGAGCAGCGCCGGGGCAGCCAGCACCGGACCCGCCGCCUCCAGCUCGCCAGUGGAGCCCACGGGGGGAUCGGUGGCCGCAGCCUCGGUCCCCACUGUCACCGAGCCCGUCCUCCUGGCACUCAGCACCACAGCAGACGCUGCCGGCGGAGCCGCGGGUACCGACCCCACGGCCGUCUCUGCCGCGGCAUCCGCAGACCCCCUGCUACCCACCUCGGUGGCCCCAGCUGGGGAUGUGCUGGCCACCUCGGCCCCGGCAGCUGCAGGGGGAACGGUGGCUGCAGAUGCGGCAGCAGCUGGAGCCACGGCUGGAGCCACAGUUGAUGCCACAGCUGGAGAUACAGCUGGAUCCACAGCGGAAUCCCUGGUCGAAGCCACAGCUGGAGCGACAGUGGGAGCUACCGUGGGAGCCACAGCUGUAUCCCUUGCCGCUGCCACAGCUGGAGCCACAGCUGGAGCAACCGUGGGAGCCACGGCUGUAUCCCUUGCUGCCGCCACAGCUGGAGCCACAGCUGGAGCAACCGUGGGAGCCACAGCUGUAUCCCUUGCUGCUGCCACAGCUGGAGCCACAGCUGGAGCAACCGUGGGAGAAACAGCUGUAUCCGUCGCUGCUGCCACAGCUGGAGCCACAGCUGGAGCAACCGUGGGAGAAACAGCUGUAUCCGUCGCUGCUGCCACAGCCGUGCCCACGGUCGCCCCUGACGGCACGGCCGAGGCGCUGGUGCUGGUGAAGAGGCAGGCGCCGGCUGCCGAGCCCACCGGCUGCAUCCUCUACCGCUACGGCACCUUCUCCACCCAGCUCAACAUCGUCCAGGGGAUCGAGAGCGUGGCCAUCGUGCAGGUGGUGCCGGUGGUGCCGGAGGGCAGCGAGAGCAGCGUGGAGCUGACGGUGACGUGCGAGGGGAGCCUGCCCGAGGAGGUGUGCACCGUGGUGGCGGACGCCGAGUGCCAGACGGCGCAGACGCAGACGUGCUCGGCCGUGGCGCCGGCCCCCGGCUGCCAGCUCGUCCUGCGCCAGGACUUCAACCAGUCCGGCCUCUACUGCCUCAACGUCUCCUUGGCCAACGGCAACGGCCUGGCCGUGGCCAGCACCCGCGUCGCCGUCGGAGGCGCUGCCCCGGCUGCCGGCAGGACCACGCUCUUCGUGGGGCUGGUGCUCAUCGCCGCCGCCCUGGGCACCGCUGCCUACACCUACAGACGUGUGAAGUACAGCCCGCUGCUGGUCAUGGCCCCCCCGGACCCCCGGCCCCGGGGCUGGCUGCCCCCCGGCUCUACCCUCCGCCUCCUGCUGCGCCAGGCCUUUGGGGGGGCUCCCAGCGGCGAGAGCAGCCCCCUGCUCCGCACCAACGCGAUCUAGGGCCCCCCCACCCCGCGCCGCCCCCCGCCUGGCCCGAGCCCCCAGGACCUGGGGGGGCCGCAGGGGUGGGGGGACGCGCGGCCCCGGCCUCGACAACACCAACAUUAAAGGCUCAGCUCAGCCGG